UCAAUACAACCAGGACGGUUUACUGCCAAUUGGAGGUCCAACGCCUGAUAAAACACAUGGAAAUUGACACAAAACGACACCAAACUCUGUUUUCUUUGAGCAAGGACAGCUUGUAACACUUUUUUACUUUAUCUAACUUCGCUUUUAACUUAUUUUUUGGACCUAAACAUCCCGAAAGUUGUGUUGCCGCUAACUUCACCCGCGUCAACAUUUCUCCUCGUCACCGUCAGCAAUGGAGGUCGGAGAUAAACUGAAAGAACUGAACAUGACAGUGGAUGAAAUCGACAGAUUGACAAAAGCUUUCAAAGACGAGAAAUUCAAGGAGAUGCUGCGCGAUUACGCCCAUGAAUUAUCAGACCCAGAAAAUAAGAAGAAGUAUGAAGAGGAGAUCAAACUCUUGGAGCAGGAAAGAGGAAACGCGAUUGAAUUUAUCCACCCGGAACCAUUCAGAGCUCUCAGGACGAGUGUGAACGGCAAGCAGAAGUGUUUUAUCAACAUCUGCAGCAAUGACAAAGUAGGGAAGCCUGAAUGUAAAUGGGGAGUGUCGGAGGAAGGCCGCAGGGGACAGUGUUGGUCCCUGCCUCACAGUCUGCACCCAGGGAGACAAGACACAGAUCCAAAAGGGAACAAGAUCAUGAUCUAUGAUGUAAUUUUCCACCCUGACACGCUCCACAUUGCAAGCAAAAACAAGAGAUUUACAGAUAUGGUGGAUGGCACAGCCAUUCAGGGAAUCCAGGAUAAUUUUAAAGUGACUCUGGAUAAAAACAACAUAAGGGAGAUGAGAACAAAAUACAAAGGCACCCCGCAGCCUUGUGUCAUCCGAAAACCCAUAACUGGAUAUAAAACCAAGGAGCAGGUAGAGGAGCCUGCCCCUCUUGCAUUCCCAUACCCAGAUGAAAAAGGUUCUUCCCUGCAAACUAAGUCCACAGAAUCACCUGCAUCAAAAAACAGCAGUGAUGCCACACCUAAAAGCACACAGCCUCAGAAAGCCAAAGAGCCUACCAAGCCAAACUACACAGUAAAAUAUCGAUCCUUUAUGGAUCUACAGGAUUUCAGAUGUUCUCGAGACUCUGCCCAAAGCCCCAGGCCCAAAGAGAUAGUGGUUACCGUCGACAUGCCGCUUCUGAAGGCGGCCACAGACGCCAGCCUCGAGGUGAAAGAGAGUCGGCUGCUGCUGCUGGAGUCCAUGAAACCAGCCUACAGACUGGAGCUUCCCUUGGCUUACCCUGUGGAUGAAGAUAAAGGAGAAGCCAAGUUCAACAAGCAGAGAGGACAGCUUACAGUCACACUGCCUGUUCUCCCUUCUAAAGAAACCUUUAAUUUAGCUGCAGGCCCUGCUCAGCCUGUUAGUGAUGACGAGAGCCAGGAGGAGAAAAGUGAGGUGGAAGAGGAUAAAUGGAAGGAGAGGGAAAGCAAGAAAAGUGAGGAGGAGGCGCAAGGAGGCGUUGAUGAGGAUUUCAGGCAGCAGACAAGGGAAGAGAAAGCUGAAGAAGAGGCAGGAAGAGGUCAGGAGGAAGGAGAGGAGAGGAUGAGGGAAGGCCAGGAAGGUGUAGCGGAAGAGAAGGAAACAUGGAGAAAGCAGAAAAGAGAAGGGGAAAAUAGUGAAGAAGAGGAGGAAGCAAAAUGCAAUGAGCAGAAAAGAAAAGGCCAAGAAGGUGUGGAGGAGGAGGAUCAAUUAAAAGAGCAGAAGCAGGAAAGUGAAAUAGAAGUUGGAGACUUUAUCCUACAGAAAAGGCAGCAACAUGAAGAUAAAAAGGAUCAUGGUCGUUUUCAGAGUGAUACUGUUUCUGCUGAAGAAGAAAACUCUUUGCCUGAACAUUCAAGCCGCAUAGGAAAAGAGGGAGAAGUAAAUCUGAACUCUUGUUUGGAGUCAACACCCGAGGUGAAGAUUUCAGACAUCCUAGAGCAGACUGUAAAGAAAGAAGAGAGCGUACAUGGAAAUGAGAAGGUGGAAACAGAUGCUGCAUUUCUACAUCACAGAUCCAGUGAGACAUCCAUAGCAGCUAACACUCAAAUGAAGAAGCGCUGCAUUUCCGAGGAGCCCAGCAAGAUGCCUGCAACAGAAGACGCGAACAAGUCAAGCAGAGGAGGUUCAGGCAACAGGGUUUCCCUCUUCUCUGAGGAACUGAGGGAGAAUGUAGACGAAGACGACCUGCAGACGGAGCAAAUUCUCCACAACCCAGAUGCUGACAACAAGCCCCCACCUGUGUUAUUGAGAGAAAUAGAUAAAGAUGGAAACGAAACGAUCAUAAGCGAUCAUUCCACAUCUGCUGGGUUCGUCUUCCAAAACUCCCUGAUGUAUGAGCUGGACUGAGGGCCGUGUGCAAAGGUUCAGAGGAGGUUGUGCAGAGGUUUGAAUUCAAGUUCUAUCAGUGUGUGUUGUUAAUAUGGCAGAUAAAUCAUUUCACAGAAUAAACUUCUUUGGACAAUU